AUAACGUGGAUGACGAGCAAAUUCGAAUAUUAAAAAUGAUUUGUAAUUUGACUCGUGUAGUAGCGCCCACAAUUUGAAGAAUAUUCAACGGUCGUCAAAGGUCGAAAGCGUGUGCAAAUAGAGAAAAAACUUGGAGGUUCUUUCUCCCACCAAGUUAGCGAAGUGAUCGAAUUUUCUCAAAACAAGAGGCUUGAAAGUGUUUGUCCUUGUUUGAUAAAGUAAGAAGGGAUGAAAAGUGUUCGUUGAUUAGUCGAGAGAAAGUGGAGGGAGUUAAAGGAGUUUGUAGGAGAGACGUAAUUCAUUUGAAACGAAACGACGCUUUCGAUAUACGAAGUGUGCGCAUUGCGGCAAAACAUCAAAAUAAACAAAGAACGUUAGAAGGCGGUUGAAAUCGGUUAGGAAAUAUGGGAGAGAGAAAUUUAUUGGCUUUAUGAUUUCGUGAGUAACAUUUGUGAAAGAAAAAAAGGGAAUGAAAAGUGGCGCGUUGGAUUUCAUCGAUUGGUAAAUAUUUGGAAGAACCUGCGCACUGGAAGUUGCAACACUAUGAUAGGAAGAUUUCGUGAAAGGAGGUACCAACUCACUGCCGCAAGACGCAACGAAGCGAUAAUAAAAUUGGACCACAAUCUCGAAACAGCAAGAUACUUUGAGCGCGAGUGCAGCAAAGCAAAGCAGUUCAACGUUUGGAGUACAAGUAACGAGUCGCAGCAUUUGAUAAAAUCAAAAAAAGCAGAGUCGCUGAACUGUCGACGAACCAGAUUGAAGGAUCUCCUUGAAAGGGAACAGGAAUCGUACACACGAGAGUGCGAACGUCAGAAAACUAAUAAAACAAUCGAAAAAGUAAAAAAUUAUAAUCCGUCUUUGAGGUUGGAAAAACGAGCUGAAGAAAGUCUAUACAGACCGUUGAAUUGUCGUCGUAUACAGUCGUAUUUUUGCGGACCAUACUUAACAAGUCAGGAUUACGUGCGUCCAGUCUUAAGGGAUUUUAACGAUCGUAACGUCGAUCGAAAGACAUCGAGAGUCACUAUGGACAAAACAAAUCUCCGUCCUCAAGAUGACACGUCGUUAGAGCACGUUGGUAAACCCGAUAAAUGGUUGGGACGUGAUAAUUUGAACCACGGUCAAAAAAAUUACAACGAAAGAAUGGACGUGUAUAAAGAGAACUCGCGAAACGCAAAAGCUUCGAGUAUUUACGGUGGUGAAGGGGAUACAGCAGAUGCAAAUUGGAAUGCUCCGUGUGAAAACCCGUCGUUUGAACAUCGUCCACGCUCGAGAAAACUUCACGAUUCUCAUUUUCAUCUUGGAGACGAUGAAGAAUCUUCCGCUCGUGACGAGCGUGAAGCGGCGAAGGCAAAAUAUAAGGAUCGUUACGCGAACAAGAGCCUCGAGGACACAAACGUUGGAAAGGAGCAGGAGAACGACAAACUAUCGGAAAAUGGAGUUGAUCUCAAAGACGAAGGAAACGUUGAAAACGGUGACUCAAACGAUGAUCUCAACGAGAACAGCGAACAUCAUGAGCAGGAUGAAAUUGACCGUGCCUGUGAACCGGAACGUGAAUUGAUCGAAGAAUGCGAACCUGAUGAGAAAAAGCAUCAAGUAUCCUUAAAUUCUUCUUCGAUUGGAGACAAGAGUUCAGAAAAUUUUCAUGAAAAUGAUGAAGAACAACAAUUGCAAUCCGACGCCCAAGCAAAACAGGAUCAACGAGACAUUGAUCGGGAAGUCGAUGCCAAAGCUUCCGCUGGAAAAUCGGAUCGACGUCACUUCGAAUCUGAAAAAAGUAUGCCAUGGUUGAGAAUGAUUCCUGGUGAUAAGAAUCUCUCCGAACAAAUGUUCCUAUACCUCUCCCACAAUGAGCUCAAAGAACGCAUCCAAAAUCUUGAGAAUCGCGAAAAUCAAGCCUGCUCGAAACACCAGUGGGAUGAAGCUCUCCGUCUCAGAGACAUGAGAAAUCGUCUUGAUCUGGCUCGCGAAAAAAAUCUUUACAGAAGAGAUGAUCUUCGUCUUGAUCCCGAAGUUAAAAAACUUGGGAUGGCUAGUAUCGAGACUAGACAGCGUUUACUCAAGAGUCGAGAAAAUAUUUGCACGAAUACGUCCAUGUACAGUGAAGAGGCCAAAGAAAUAUGGGACAAAUGGGUACUCGAGGACAGCAAAUCUAUUCUGAUGGAUGCAAGUGUGCAGCGCGAAACGUUGAUGCGGGAACUUGAAGAAAAUUGGCGUUCCCUUGCGGUCGAUGACAAGCAAAGGAUCUCGGACUCGUUCAAAGAUAAAAAUUUUAUAAACGAGGAACUCCAGAACUGCCUACAUAACAAUUCAAAAGUCGGCUAAUCAUUAGAAUUUGCGCCCUCCCCCAAAACUAAAAUUCACAAUUCGCAUUUAUUCGUAUGAAAAGUUUUGGUGAAUUUUAACAUGGAGGGAAUACAAGCUUCGCGAUAUAUCAGGACUGUGCUGUAACAGCGGACUGUUUUUUUAUUUUGCCAAGUGUUCGUGUUCCGUUAAAGUUAAAGACAACAAAAAUCAAAAUAUUAAUUAUUAUUAAUGAUUCUUGGUGCGAGUAUUUGGAUAUGAAAGUAUGAUGUGAAAGAAACAUUUCGUACAUAAGCUUCGCUGAUUGACGUUUUUAUAGUUUGUAAUACUAUCCAUCAACACUCAUGUUAUGAUGAAAAAGAUGAAAGUAAAACUGUGAGAGUGAUCGAUGAACAAUUGAUGGGGAAUAAUUCGAAUUGAUGUUGAACAUGUUCAAAGAUGUUGUUGUAUCGCCAUUUUUUGAUUACUAUUGUCGUACUUGUCAACGAGCAACGAUCUCAUUGUAGCUGUUGAGUUUCAAUCGAUUGAAAGUUGGAACAAGUGUAUGGCAAAAAUUUUUGCAAUCCAUGACAAACCUGACAUUGUGCAAGGUUUGAGCAUCGUCACGCUUAACAUAAAAAAUAUCGACACAAAUUAUUAGUAUAAGGACUCAUAUUGCUUGCGUUUGCACAAAACUAUUGAAAUAUUAUGUGAAAUGACGAUUAAAAGAAUUAUCGGCUCCGCAGUUAUGAUUAAAUAAAAUUAUGUCAAAACCAA